AUGCGCUCACUACUUCCACAGAAACGCCCUUCGCCGUCUUCGACACUCGCGAACGGCGGCGCACCUUCUCCCGCCGACCCCUCUCUUCCCGCAUCGAAACAACCCCGCAUCGACUCGUCAACGGCAUCGUCGAGCGCGCCAAAGCGGCCAAAGAACGCAGAGAUCUUUCUCAAGGCGCACGAGAAGGGCGCCAAGCCGUUCAGGGACGCGCAGGAGCACUUUGUCGAGGCGCAGUUCGAGGUCGAGGAUGCGGCGAGUUACCAGGAAGCGCUGCUCGCGAUGGAGGGCCUCACGAACCAGCUGCACCACCCGAACCGACACCACGUCCGCCUCCUCCUCUCGCUCUGCUUCUUCCCUCUCUUUUUCAAACCGCCCGAGCAAUCCUCCGCGACCUAUGCUCGCAACGCCUCGAGACCCGCUCGCCCAACCUCCACCGCUCGAACACGCCUGCUCACACUCUCCGACGACCCUAUCGCACUCACGCAUCGCAAGAUCCGCGAACUGGCGCGCGAGAUGCUGAAUGAUGUGAUCGGGACGAAUGGGGCGGAGGUCGUUUGCGCAGCCGUAAAGGGUUAUGGACUGCCUGAGCGGCGAAAAGGCGGGGAAGACGAAGCGGACCCGUUCGGACUCGCAAUUGAGUCGAAGCGCAAGGCGAAAGGGAAGGGAAAAGCCGCCACGACAGACCCGGACUACGAGCACCCGCACGACUCGGCUGACGACCCGCUCGCUGUCUCGGCGGACCGGAUCCUUGGUGCGGAAGACCUCUGGGACGUGUUGGCGGGCACGGUGGCAAAGGUGCCGCGGCUGAGGACGAGGGAGAGGCCGGUUCUUGAGGUGGGAGGAUGGGAGGUCGUGCGAGUGCUGGUGCGAGGUUGGGAGGACGAGUGGCGGAAGAAGCGCGGCGCUGUCGGCGGUCUGUCGGAGCCGCCCGAACCCCUCAGUCUCCUCCGGUACUUCAAGCCCUCCGCCUCGUCUGGCGCCGCUCGCGAGCUCUCCUCCAAAGCGCUCGACAUCGCCUUCUGGCCGUUCUCUGACUACGCGAUUGAUCUGGACGCCGAGCCCGAGUCGGACGAGGACGACGAGCACGGCGAUACGGACGAGGAGCUGCUUGCGGACGAGAAGAAGGGCAGGAAGCGCCAGGUUGCGGCGAUGACGGAGAGUCAGCAGCAGGAGGCGUGGGAGGCUGAUGGAACGACCUUGCUGGACAAGAAGGAGGUCGGUGUCAAGCUGGUCGGCGUGAUUGGUGCAUCGGCCGUCGACGGCUAUUUGUCUGGCCCUGCGGUCAUGGCUGAACUUGUGCAGCGGAUGAAGGCCCUCGCGCACGAAGACUUCGUCUCGUUCGUCGAGCUCUUCUCGACUCACAAACUUUGCACACCUUUCACGAUCCGCUUACUCGCCGCCUACCUCGAGACGCACUCGCAUCCACUCGCCGCUUACCCUUCCCUCCUCCCGUCUUCCGACAUCUCCUCUCUUCCGAAUCCGGGAAGCACCUCCCCGCGCAAACUCUCCCUUCACGCAACCAACAGCGCCGCCUCGCUCGACUCGAACCACGCCAGCGGCUCAUCCAGCACGUCCUCCUACUGGCGAAUCCCUUCGCUCGAGUCUUCCGACCUCCUCCACCUCAUCGCCCGCGUUCCGAUCGAAGUUCCGCUCCCUUCUUCGGCUGCAACGACUUCGAAGAUGACGCCAGGACUGCCAAGGACGUUCACAAGGGCCGCACGGGCGGCGGAGAGCCAUGCGCUCAUCAAGCAUGCGUUGGUUGGACUUCUCGUCCCUGAGGCGGGUUUAGCAGGAACGGCGGGACGCGACGAUGCGCUUAAGAAGCUGCGCAACAUGAUGGACCGGGUAGCAGAAGUCGUUGAGGAGGCGAAGACGAGAGUCGAAGCCGCCAACGGCGCGGCGGCGUAG